UCAGUAUAUUAAAAUUGCGGUUACACGAGAACUCGUGCGUGUGACAAUUACGCCACCGCUAACAAGAUUUCGCUUUCUCAUAGCAUACGUGUCGCACUAAGUCUAAUUGGAGUGCUAUAAAAUAACGCUCUCAGACAAAGACCGCGCAGAUUGUAAACCGAACAACAAAAACUCUCCUAAUCCCCGCUAACGGAAAUUAAAUCUCCGUGGUUUCGAUUUUUUCCAACACACACGCAGACUCCCCAAAAAGAGAAAAAUUAGACGUACACAAUGCGGCUCGACGAAAAAUUGUGGCGAAAGAUAAUUCAUCUUUGAGUAAUGCAUUCGGAGAAUCCCCAUAAUAAAUUUUACACGCAUAGACAGCGAGGAUCGCAAGAGAAACAGAAAAAAAAAUAUUUACCGAGUCCAAAUCCCCUUAGCCCUACUACUUUUUGAGAUCGGAUGUGAUAUAACUUUUAAAAGAUUACUUGUUUUCGAACUUCGGAUUUAGUAUCUUCCCGGACGAGAUUAAGUGCGCCCUCCUCCCCGAGACCCGCGAUAAUGAAUGGCUCGCAGGUAUCGCAACAAUGGCCCUCGCAAAGCCGUAAUAUUUAGGAGCGAACGCGGGGGCGCGUGUAUUGUAUUAGGGGCGAGGGCAAUGAAAAUUACCGUCACUCUCAAGCUGUUUCUCUCCUUGCAGGUUGAUAUGUUGAGGAUCAGCAUGCUGUUGAGCUGUAUCUUCAUGACAAAUCCGGCGUUGGACGACAGGAUUCUGCAGGCGGCCAACUUGUCAAAGCGGGAAAUAUCGGACGACUUCGACAAGUACGCGGUUACGUGCUACAUAUGCGUCAACGUCUCCGAUAAUCUCGUGUGCAACCAAUUCGCAAUUGAUAGACCGUGCAAGCCGGGGGAAACCUUCUGCCACACUCUUCACAUAAUGGAUUCGAAGGGCAACAGCGUUCUAGUCAAUAAAAAGUGUACGACGGAAAAGGAGUGCCAAAGGACAAAGGUGGGAUGCGUCGAGAUCGACAUGCAAACCAUGUGCGUCGCGUGCUGCGAUCAGAACUAUUGUAACGUGAACGUGCCGACAAACACUUCGAACGCAAUUUACGACGAUAAGAUCUCAAAAAUGCGAAUGCUCGCGAAAAAUUUAUUUCGCGAAAGGGAGAAGGCGCUCACGACGACCAUAAAAGAGGGCGCCGCACCAAGAAGACUUCCAUUAGUAUUUACUCAUCUAAUUGUAAUAUCAAUCUUUGUUAAUUAUUACCGAUUUUUAUUGUAAGCCAUUUUAAAGAAGGGUAUCAGAUUUAUAUAUUUUCUAUAAACUUGGAUGUACACGCUUUUUAAAGGGCAACAUUUCGCUCGGCGACUUGUUGAACUUUAGAAGUUUCUGCUUCGACAAAGAAACGGCCGAUUUAUAUUUGAUAUAAAGCUUUAUCGAUGUUGAACUGCACCGUUCACCUAUCAGAAAGUGCCGACGGCCCCCGGUUAAAUUUCGCGAUUUUCGAAAAUCGAGCUCGGCUGACGAGCCACGCUCGCUCCGAGUCGCUUCGGUAGCGAACCGAAACUGAAAAUAACUAAUUCCGGCCGAGACAAGCCGGCGCCAUUUUUCUGUAGAUGAACAACAAACGCCACAAAUACGCUGUGUUCACACCCAGCUCGCAGUGUUGCCACAAGUUUUCGAUGCAACCUCUGUUCUCAAUUCGCCUCUUUGUUUUGUGCUUUUUACAACUGCGGCGCACCUUUUUCAAAAUGAACAGAUAUAAAUCGGACCAAGAAACGGUUAUGAUAUUUGUAAAUAUUUCAAUGGAAUAAACUGCAUUACAGGAU